UUGGCCGGGCGGCCCCAGCCGACGCCACUGCCCUGGUCCUGGUGGGAGGCACAUAUAAGGGCCCCAGCGCGGGUCGUGGCGCGGGGGCUGCAGGCCAGGGAUCCCGGCUCUCCUCCCCAGGCCUCACUCCCAUCUACAGGGUCGUCGGGCCAUGGAGCCGGGCAGCAUGGAGAACCUGUCCAUUGUGUAUCGGAGCAGUGACUUCCUGGUGGUGAACAAGCACUGGGACCUGCGCAUCGACAGCAAGACCUGGCGGGAAACGCUGACCCUGCAGAAGCAGCUGAGGCACCGCUUUCCGGAGCUGGCCGACCCCGACACCUGCUACGGGUUCAGGUUCUGCCACCAGCUGGACUUCUCCACCAGUGGCGCCCUAUGCGUGGCUCUGAACAAGGCAGCGGCGGGCAGCGCGUACAGAUGCUUCAAGGAGCGGCGGGUCACCAAAGCCUACUUGGCUCUGGUUCGGGGUCAUGUCCAGGAGCAUCAGACGACCAUCAGCUAUGCCAUUGGCAGGAACAGCACGGAGGGCCGGACCCACACCAUGUGCAUUGAGGGCACCCAGGGUUGUGAGAACCCAAAGCCAAGCCUCACAGAGCUGGUGGUCUUGGAGCAUGGGCUGUACGCCGGUGACCCCGUGUCCAAGGUGCUGCUGAAGCCCCUCACAGGACGGACACACCAGCUUCGCGUGCACUGCAGCGCCCUUGGCCACCCUGUUGUGGGCGACUUGACCUAUGGGCAGGCCGCGGGCCGGGAGGACCAGCCCUUCCGCAUGAUGCUGCAUGCCUUCUACCUGCGAAUCCCCACUCGGGCCGAGUGUGUGGAGGCCUGCACGCCAGACCCUUUCCUGCCGGCCCUCGACGCCUGCUGGAGCCCCCACACCCUGCUGCAGCCCCUCGACCAGCUGGUGCAGGCCCUACGGGCCGCCCCAGACCCUGACCCCACGGAGGGGGAGCCCGGGCCUGCCGCCCCCCCGCCUGAGCCCGGCCGGCCCCCUCCCGAGACCCAGGCCCAGCGAGCCUCCUGCCUGCAGUGGCUUUUGGAGUGGACCUUGGAGCCAGACAACUGAGAGCUCGGGCUGGGAGGGGCAGCAGACAGCCACCGUGGCUGGAGGAUGGCUACUGGGCCUGGGAAGGCUUUUCUGGAAACAUUCCCCCGGGGGAACCCAGUGUCUCUCUCCUGGAACAGAAACAUCACUGCAAGGGUCUCUGUCUUCUACGCUUGCUUGAGCCCACGCUGCUGGGGGGGUGGAGCCAGGGCCUGGAAGCCUUUGCUCGGACGGGCCCCUCCUGGGCCCACCGGCUCCGCAGAGCCACCUGGCCCCGGCCUGGCCCGGCCAUUUCCUGCAUUCUGAAGCACUUUGCUCCACUCAGAGCCCCUGAUUCUCCAUCGGGCUGGACCCGCAGCCUGCGCCCUGCUUGCCUUAUGCCUUUGCUUUUGCCAGACUCUCCUGGGCUCAGCCUCGUCUGCCUGUUGCCGGCGUAGGGACGCCUCCACUUGCACCCGGCUACCAAGCCUCGUGUGAUGUUGCCUCUGCUGUAUGGGCUGGGGCCGCAGCGCGGUGUGACCUGCAGC